AUGCCGGACGAGUUCGAGGAAGCAGACCGACGUGCGUGUGCAGUCCUCUUCCGCGGCCCCCGGGGCUGGCUACCUUCAUCAUUUUUGAGUGCCCUUCGGCACCUUCGCAGCUCGGUGGGAAUCCCGGACAUCCAGGGGACGGCGCUGGCGGCCCAGUGCCGCGUGGCGAUGUGGGAGGACCACUGCAAAUGCGGCCUCCGAGUGGACGUGGGUUUCGCUGCUCUUCGCCGCGCCUACAUGACCUGCAACUUCCCCGAUUGGGAUGCCGCCUGGAGCAGUUGGUGGGACACGGCUUCCGUUCACCAGCUGGCUGCUGCCACGCUGCUGGCGCGCACGCGGGGGUAUGAUCCCGCCGCCAUGCUGGUCUGGCUGGCCGGCGCUGCGGACGGGACAGACCGAGAAUCCGCAGCGCGGAAAAAUUGGCAGAGGGAGUGUGCGAAGAUAGUCCGGGUUCUGGCUGUGGACGGGGUGAUCCGGCAUCUCCGGCGACAGCCAGGCCGCUUCGAGCUGGCGAUCGUCCAGGGGCAUCGGGUGAGCAGGGCGAUCAGCUUGCUACAACGCCUGAGCGCAAUUGUGCCGCCGCGUGUGUGGCAUGCGUCCUUCCGCACGCUCCUGGAUGGUUGGGCUACGGCGGAACGCAUGGGAGGCUGUGCCACAUGCAUUUCCGGCUGUGCCGCCCGGGACGGCUUGCGCCAUUUCUGUUUUGUGCCCCGCCGUCCGACGCUUCUGCAGGGACGAGCUCGGAUUGCAGGCGCCGCCGCUUGGGCUGCAGGGCGAUGGCCUCUUGGGCCUGAGGCCUGCCAUGUCGGACGUGAUGAGGAGACCGUCUUGCGCCCCCUUUGGCGAGUUACGCUUUUGAUUCUGCACGCUGUCGCUCGCGACACCGAGGCCUGCGCGCCCAGGCCGUGGGCGGCGCCACGCUACCGUUGA